ACCUGGGGAAAAUAUCAGAUGUAACGUAGUUUUAUUCAAAUAAGGGAAUAAAGGUAAACGUCUGCACCAUUUGUACCUCAAAUCAUCAGAUAUCUUACGGGACAGAGAGGAAGAAACAACAGGCUCCAAUUCGUUGUUAGGUAAUAGUCUAUCCUGGGUUGUGAGAGUGAUGUAGAGAGAGGGCUUAUUUUUUCCGUCUAGGGAGGUAAACUACAGCUUGCGGUGCCACACGGACGACAGAACUGGAGUGAGAUGCGUCGUGGUGGUUGCGAUGCUACGGAGGCGAUGUGAAAAUGGACAGCAUUGUAAAAAACUAACAUUGGCAGAUGGGAUAAGUCAAGCUUUAAAAAUCUAUUUUGAAGGAGGAUCUGUCUCCAUCGUAAGUGCCCGCGGGUGGAGCAUGCAGCGGGGGUGAUGCCCCGGGAGAUGGAGAAAACUGUCAGCAAGCUGAUGUACGACUUCCAGAGGAACUCCACCUCUGACGACGACUCUGGUUGCGCCCUGGAGGAGUACGCCUGGGUGCCCCCCGGACUGAAACCUGAACAGGUCCAUCAGUAUUAUAACUCGCUCCCAGAGGACAAGGUUCCAUAUGUGAACAGCCCAGGAGAGAAGCACCGAAUCAAGCAGCUUCUGCACCAGCUGCCCCCCCAUGAUAAUGAGGUGCGGUACUGUAACACUCUGGACGAUGAGGAGAAGAGGGAAUUGAAGCUCUUCAGUAACCAGCGCAAGAGGGAGAACCUGGGGCGGGGCAACAUUAGACCCUUCCCCCUGACCAUGACUGGAGCUGUCUGUGAGAAGUGCGGAGGCCAGAUCAACGGGGGAGACAUCGCGGUGUUCGCAUCCCGCGCUGGGCACGGAAUGUGCUGGCACCCGCACUGCUUUGUGUGCAGCAUGUGCGACGAGCUGCUGGUGGACCUCAUCUACUUCUACCAGGACGGGAAGAUCUACUGCGGCCGCCACCACGCCGAGCGCCUCAAGCCUCGCUGCUCCGCCUGUGACGAGAUCAUUUUUGCAGACGAAUGCACAGAAGCAGAGGGCCGGCACUGGCACAUGAAGCACUUCUGCUGCUUCGAGUGCGAGACAGUGCUGGGGGGCCAGCGCUACAUCAUGAAGGAAGGCCGGCCCUACUGCUGUGACUGCUUCCAGUCUCUGUUUGCAGAGUACUGCGAUGCCUGUGGCCAACAAAUAGGUAUUGACCAGGGUCAGAUGACGUAUGACGGUCAGCACUGGCACGCGAGCGAGGAGUGUUUCUGCUGCGCGUGCUGUAAGCGGUCCCUCCUGGGGCGUCCCUUCCUGCCCAAGCAAGGCCAGAUCUUCUGCUCGCGCUCCUGCAGCAUGGGGGAGGAGCCUGCCGACUCCGACUCCUCGGACUCCGCCUUCCAGAGCGGCCGCUCCAGGGGCAACGGCGGGAACGAGCUGGAGGCGGCGCUGUCGGCGGCGCCCGACCACUUCCCCGGCGACGCCGACCCGCUGUCGCUGCAGAUGGACCGCAUGAGCCUGGGCCCGCCCCGCGACCAGCUGGAAACCUCGCCCACGCCCCUGCAGCUCCUCAGCCAGUGCAGCGUCCGGACGGCCUACAGCCCCACCCCGCCGACCGCCGCAAACCGCUCCAGCCAGGGUCCGCCUCGCCCUGGCUCUUGGGCCAAGGAGCCCAGCGAGACCAAGAGGACCUCCAUGGCUGCCUUCAAGGGGCAGUCAUUUAACGACAACUGGAUCCGCCGUAGCCCAGAAGACUUCGGCCCUCCCAAGCUCAAAAUGCAGAUGAGCUUCAACGAGACCUCUAGCAACGGAUUCUCAGGGAAAAGGAGCAUCAGUCUGCAUGGGUUCCACAGAGAUGCCGGGCCCCAGCUGGGCAGAACCAGGAACCCCAUCAGUGGUCUUAGUUUCCCCGAGCAACUAAGCCCCCUGGAACAAACGCCAAGGGGCUCGAUGGAGUCUCUUGCUCUAUCCAAUGCAACAGGCACAUCGAUGGAUGGAGGUGGUAAGAGGCAGGAGCAUUUGUCACGGUUUUCCAUGCCGGAUUUGAGCAAAGACUCAGGUGUGAACGUGUCCGAGAGGAGCCCCAUGGGAACCCUGGACUCCUCGGUCCCGUUCCGGAGCACGGAGUCGCUGCAGAGCUUGAGCUCGGGCCGGCGGUACCCGGGCCUGGAGGUCCCGGUCCGGCUGCAGUACCCGCUGGGUUACCGCGGCUCCCCUCAGGGCUUCGCGUUCGAGGGUGCCUCCGCGGGUUGCCAUGGCGACAUGCGAAUGGCCCCCACCAGCGAGAGAACGCGGCGCCGAGCUGAGGCCCUCGGGGCGCCGCACCCCCGACACCACCGCCGCCGCUUGUCCCGCCAUUCCCGCCGAUCGCGCUCCGACAACGCCCUGCACCUGGCAGCCGAGCGGCACGACCACGACUUCACCCAGCUGCAGUACCACCCCCACCCCCCGGGAGGCAGCGGCGGGUUCCGCCGGGAGUUCUACCGGCCCUGCCCGCGGACGACCUCCGACCUCUCCCUGCAGAACCCCGUGGGCCGCCGCCUGGGGGCCUUCCUGGACGACCGCGAGGACAAAGCUGACUGGUGCUCCACCUGCUCCUCCUCCUCGGAAUCUGACAACGAGGGCUACUUCCUGGGCCAACCUAUCCCCCGCCCCGUCCAGCUUUGCUACCUGACCAAUGAGGAGCUCCUGCACAAGUACGGGGCCUCAGGGAUGGGCGGGGCUCCGCUGAGCAGCCGCAAGCACAGGAAGAGCAAGAACUGCAUCAUUUCAUAGUGCCAAAUUAUAACUGAAGUCCAGUUCAGAUCAAAAAGUGCAUGAGAGUAGAUGAUGAAAAAAGAAUGACCCAUUUUCAUGAAAAAAAAAAAUAUUAGAAUGUUACUGUGUGAAAUUACAUAAAAUGACAGUUUUUUGCAGACUUUUGAAACUUUAGUUAACUUCAAAAACCAUCUUGUCGGCCAAUGACUUUUUGAUCUGAAAUGGAUUAAAGGGCUCCCUGGGAUAACGGCAACAUCAAACAGGCCCUUGUAAACAUUUGCAAAGUUAAUUUCAUUCUAACUUGAAACGUGGAACAUUUUUUAAUGUUGUAAAGUCUGCAGUGUGUGGUGUACAGUGUGGUGACCAUUGGCGGCAACAAAUGUUCUGCAUAUGUACUGUGUAUUACUAUAUACCUUUUCUUGAGAGUAUUAUGUCUCCUGGAGCUCUUGCAUCCUGUUAAUGAGUGGCAAACAACAACAACAAAAAAAAAUGAAUGCACUUCCAAUGACAGAGUGAAUGGCAACAUGGUGGAAGACACCCAUAUACGGGCUCCUCUUUCAGGAUAUCUGCCAUUGGCUGAGGCUGACCAUGUGGUUGCGCACCAGAUGAACAUCGGAUGGACACUGAUUUACCUGCAUCAGUAGACAAAUAAAGCCUUUUGUUGUACUGUUUGCUGUCAUCUCCUUAUAUCACUGGUUAUGAGCAGGUAUUUCCCUGCUUUUUGCAUUAUGUACUUGUUCUGUUAGGCUGUGGAUGCUAGCGACUUUCCUUUUCCCAGUGAAGCACUGUAAAGUUCUGUAUAGUUCUGGAUUAAUGCAUUGUUCUUGGUUCUGGAAGUUACCGUCAAAUUAAACUCUGUAAACUGUAUGUAAAUCCGGUAAGUUGAUGUAUUAAUGUAAAUAUUGUGCAAAUGAGGCCCCACAUAUUUUUAUAUUUUGUAUUAAUAUAAUGUACCAUACACUGUAGUCAUGUACCAUAUUAGUGUAGUAAUAGAUAUGCAUGCACGUCUGUGUGCUGAUCUGGUGUUGUGUUAAAACUUUAAAAAGUAUUUCAAUAAAAAUAACUUAUUGACUCCUCUC